GACCGAAAAUAGUUCGCUAGGCGGCAAGGUAGUGACAACAUGUACUAUCAAGUGUAUACAGUGCGUUUAAAAUGAGAAGUGAAUGAAGUAGAAGGAAAGAUACUCUCAGGACGGUUAACAAUGUUUGUGUAAAUCGACUUAAGGCGUGCUUGACACAAAUAAAAAUGAUAAAGAUGGCUGAGAGUACCGAGACAAGAAGAGAGAACUGGAUAAGAGUGGUCUGUGGACUCUGGUACGUGCAAGAAGGCCUUGAGGGAUACGUGGAUACAAAAGGCAAACAACAGUACAAAACGUUCAUGGACACUAUCAAUGCAAAUUGUAAUAACCAAACAUGUGGCCAAUGUCAAAUCAAUUUUAGAUGCAAAAAUUGCAAAAAAAUACAAAGUUCAACAUUCAACAAAGGUCAUUUCUGUGACGAAAUGAAGAAAGAGAUACAAAAAAAUCAUGUAGAAAACGUUAUCUGGAAAAAUACAGAUUCUACGAAAUGGCAGGAUCCCAAUGUCGGUUACUGGGAGGUUGCCAAGUGUUAUCUCAGUACAGCCGGUUAUUUUGAUAAAACGGGGCCGAAAGAGGUGGACGCUCCAGGACUUUUAAGCAUCUGUAUAAACAGCUCAUUUAUCAAACAACAAAUAGAAAAAAUUCAGCAUUUUCGCGAUACUAGACCUAGAACUGUCAUCGGUACAGUACCAUUCAUCACGUGACGAUUGGGAAUAUUCUAUAUUAAAAGAACAGCUAUAACAGCACUCAAGAUAUCCCGUAAAACACAAACAAAAACGCAACGGUUCCAGUCAAAACUGAAAAAUGUAACAACUCGCAGUUUGUAAAUCACAUGAAGAAAUAGUCAACUUACGCACUAUAAUGUUUACACCAGCAAGAGGCCAUUAUCUCAGACAACACUAUAAAUGUACGAUCAACGCGCGCGUGUGUGCGAGGAUGGGGGAUUUGUGUGUGAAUGUGUGUGUGAGUCUAUGUUUUCUGGGUUUGUUAAUGUAUGUGCGAGUAGGGAGUAUGCCACGUUGUUUGAAUGUGCAUGAUUGUAUGUAUAUGCGAGCGGGAAGUAUGUAAUAUUGAUAGUGUGUGAAUGUGUAUAAACAAACGGGGAGUAUGCACCGUUCUUAAUGUGUUAUGUGUAUGAGUAAGCGGGAUGUAUGUUAUAAUGAUAAUGUGUUUAAGCAAUCGGAAAGUAUGUUACGUUAUAACUGUGUGUUGGCAUGUGUAUGCAAGCGGGGUAUAUAACGUUGAUGCACUAUAUAUGGGUAUGGAAAAGCGGACAGUAUGUUACGUUUUUACUCUAUGUAUGUAUAUGGGCAAGCGGAGAGUAUGUAGCGUUAUUACUGUGUGUUUGUGAAUGGUUAAGGGAGGAGUAUAUUACGUUAUUACUGUGUGUAGUGAGUGUCCAAUUGGAAAUUAUGUUGCGUUGAAAUGCGUAUAUCUGUAUGGACAAGCGGGAUGUAGGUUACGAUGUUAAUGUGUGUGUUGUAGUGGGGACGGGGGGAGUAUGUAUCACACGGAAUGUAUGUUUAGUGGGCAAGCGGGAAGUAUGUUGCGUUGUAAAUGUGUUUUAGAAGAGGGAAAUCGGAGAGUGUGUGACUUUGCUGCUGUGUGAAUUUUUGUGGGCAAGCGAGCAGUAUGUUGCGUUGAUAUGUGAUAUGCUUGUGAGCCAGCGAGGAGUGAUAUGUUAAGUUGUUAAUGUGUGUUUGUAAGUAGGCGAUCGGGGAGUAUGUUACGCAAUUAAUGUGUGUUUUUGUGGGCGAACGGAUGGUAUGUUACAUUGUAAAUAUGUGUUUGUUAGUGGGCAAUUGGAUAGUGUUAGUCAAUGUGUGUGCGAGUGUGGGGUGGGUGUACGUGUGUGUGUGUGUGUGUGUGUGUGCGUGCGUGCGUGCGUGCGUGCUUGCGUGUGUGCGUGCGUGCUGCGAGCGUGCGUGCGUGCGUGCGUGCGUGCGUUUGUGUGUGUGUGUGUGUGUGUGUGUGUGUGUGUGUGUGUGUUUGUGUGCGUGCGUGCGUGCGUGCGUGCGUGCGUGCGUGCGUGCGUGCGUGCGUGCGUGCGUGUAUGCGUGUGUGUGGGCGAGCUGUUAGUAUUGUUACCUUGUAGUAUCUGCAUUUGCGUGUGAUCCAGCGGGAUGUUGGCCAUAUGCUGGUGCGUGUAUGAAUGAGCGAUCGAUUGGUAUGUCACGUUGUGGCAGUGUGUAUGCUUUAUUAAGAGCUGAGUAUUGCACGGUGUAAGUGUUGGUAUGUAUGGACUAAAUGGAAGCUUGCCAAGUUAUAAUUGGAUGUUUGUAUGGUUCAUCGCCGAGUAUUUCACAUUGUAGGAGUGUGCCAGUGUGUAAUGAGUCAAAAUGUUUAUGUAUGUAUAUUCAAUGAGCAAGACGGGAGUAUGCCGUGUUGUAGAUGUUUUUAUAUAUGGGCGACCUAUCAGUAUACUACCUUCACGGUUUGCGGGAUGGGAGGGAGUUCUUACCCUCCAAGUGAGCUAACCCUCCUCUAUAAUGCGCAAGUGUUAACAUAGGUAAUUGAAAACGUUAAAUUUUGUUAGCGUUUUUGUCCAAUUGUUCCAUAGUCGGCGUUCUUAUUUCCAUUAUAAGGUUGUAAGAUAAACAAGAGACGACACCUAUAAUGUCUUAUAUUGAAUGAGUCGGAGCAACUAUGUCAGUAAAUACGUUUUACAUGUACAUAAAGUAGAUACAUUAAAAUUGUAUUAUCGCUUUGAUAGAUAAGUAUUUACAUAAAAAGGUAUUUGCUUGUACACUUUAACAUAUUAAUGUAGAAAUAUAUUAAAAGUGGCCGUCAUCUGAUCAACUGUUUCGGGUUCAAGACGGGUCGUGAAAUAAUAAACUAUUUAUGAAUUGUGUAAAUAUAAGCACUAAAAUAUGUGAUUGAUAUCAAUAUCCGGUAAGAGUACACUUGGAGUCCUAAAAGAAGGCAAUGAGAUCUUCGGCCUCUACACACUUUAACCAGUCAAACUGCGUUCAUACGCCGAUUAUGACAUCAGUUAUGAAAUUCAGUCACUAAUUAAUGUAAACAGGACUUUUAUGAACAUGGUUCGGUUUUAAAUUACCUUUUAAUUGUUAACAUAAUAUCAUUUUCCUGAUGGAAACAAAAGGUUAUUAUUAUUUUCUAAUGAGUGAGAAUACAAACACGUGAUUCGAAGUGACGCACGCAAACCAUAUAAAUGCUGCGCGUUGAGACCGAAAAUAGUUCGCUAGGCGGCUAGGUAGUGACAACAUGUACUGUCAAGUGUAUACAGUGCGUUUAAAAUGAGAAGUGAAUGAAGGAGAAGGAAAGAGAAUCUCAGAGCGUUUAACAAUGUUUGUGUAAAUCGACUUAAGGCGUGCUUGAUACAAAUAAAUUGAUAAAGAUGGCUGAGAGUACCGAGACAAGACACGAGAACUGGCUUAGAGUGGUCUGGGCACUCCUGUACGUGAAAGAAGGCCUUGAGGGAUACGUGGAUACAAAAGGCAAACAACAAUUUUCAUUUUCAUGUAUGAAUAUUCUUAUAGCAAAAGGCGCCAAUGAGGUUAAGGACAUAUGCUACAUACAGUAAACUUACUGGAUAACAAUAUUAUCAUAUACAUAUCAGGUGCGAAACAUAAGGAACAAGACCAUGCAUGACGCCCGAUAUAAGAUGGACAGACAGACAGCAGACGACUGCCUUGACAAGAUGAUAAACGUACUGGAGGACCAAAAUGAACUCAAGCAUGACACCUAUGCUCAGCAAGCCGCUUAUCAUAUAAGAAAGAUCAUAGACAAAACUGAAAAGACACCGGUUUUUAUGAAUGAAACUUUACACAAAUGGCUGCUGACAAACAACUUAGACGUUGACGAGUUUCUCAAAGUGAUCGAGCGAGGAGUGGAUGGUUGAUAAGCGACGCAAGGAAGACUUGACAGAGGAUUUGCGACAGAGGCUGGCCAAAUACUACCAUAAGAGACUCAACCACGCGCCCAUUUCGCCCCUGAUGCCUGACAUGGACGAGAAAUUGGACAAGUUUUACGUCCCUCCUAAAAUCUUUGAGAAGAACCACAGAAAGAUUGGUGCAGCUGAAAAAGAAAAGGGAACUCCUGUAACAUCUUAUAGACACUUGAUCUGUAAAACUAGUAAAUUUGGAGACCACGUGUUUAUCGUCGGUGAGGCCGGGAUGGGAAAGUCGUCCUGUGCCACAAUGUGUGCACUGAAAUGGGCCAAUCAGUUUUCACCAACGAAUACGAUUAAUGAACAGGACGAAAAUUAUUCAAAUCUAAGGUCAUUUGAGUCUGCGAAACUGGAAAGGAUUAUUCAAUCCAACAGCGUUUUUAAACAAAAUUUCCGUCCUAAAACAGAGCUGGAUGACCAAUUUCAGGAUGAUACUUUCUUUCAGAAAGUUGAGUUUUUAUUUCACCUCACUCUAAGAGAUUGCUGUCACCUCUGCGACUUAACAGACAUUAUACAAGAUCAGCUUAUAAACACAAUUUACCAAGACGAUGAGAAAUCCGCUGCACUUUGCACUUUGCGUAGUGUCCUGUACAACAAAAAGUGCGUGAUCAUAGUAGACGGCCUGGAUGAAUGGACUCAUCCCAAUGAAACGAACUAUAGAUGUUCAGAAAAAGACAAAGUAAUUCCUCAUCUAGCGCCGAACAUAGACGCAACUGUUUUGAUAACAUCACGACCCUGGAGAAUGUCACAACAGCGCGUUAAAGACACGAGCAUAGAUACGUACAUGGAGAUAGAGGGGACUACAGAUAUGCUGUUUCUGCUUCAUAAAACUAUUAACAGUCUUAAUGAAACAGUAACUGAAAAUAAAACGUUGCCUGAUUUCCUCCGGUUUAUUAGAAACAUGAAGAUUGAACAUCUUCUAUCGGUUCCCAUUAUAUCAAUGUUGCUGGUCUGUUUGUGGUUUGAUGGGGAACAUGAAUCUAGUUCACUAUGUGGUAUUUACGCAUAUACUAUUGAAAUGUUUGUGCGAAAACCCCUUCCUAUGCCUACCGUUUCCCUGAAAACGAUUUCAUUCCCACAAUGUUUCAAGGAUAAGGAACAUGCACACACGUACUACAGCGUCAUCAUGGAGUUGGCACAACUUGCUUUUACGACAUUGUUCUCGAACGACCAAACAUCGUCCUUGGUGUUUAAGAAAGUUGACGUUAUGGCACACGAUCAUCUCGUGUUUGUUCUGAAGUCGGGAAUCUUGCAAGAAACAAAAGCAGCGUCUUUGAUUAAAAAGUCAUCGAGUUACUCUUUCAUCCACAAAACAGUUCAGGAAUUUCUUGCUGCAUUAUACAUGUCCCACCGUACCGAAGAAUUUUAUAGAGUAUUUAAACCUUAUUAUGAGAAUAACACUGAUAGUGCGGAUGUUUCACAGGUUUUUAUCUUCCUGUGUGGUCUAAACAUUGAGUUAGCAAAUGAAAUGUCUGUCAUGAUAUCCGAUAGACCGUCACACUCCAAGGAACAAAUACCUCCAGAAGUACGUACGAUUUUUUCUGGUUAUGUGGAAGCCCAAGAUAAUUGUAUAAAAGUAUCGGAUAUAAAACUGUUGCUCUACAGAUUUGAUUAUCUCAUGUUUGGCAAUUCCGAACUAUUAAAUGACUUACUGUUGAUAAACAAGUCUAAGGUACGCUUUAUUCAUGCCUGUUCCGAAACAAAUGAGACAACACUUCGGGAGGUGUUCAUUUGCUCCACUGAUACUCUUACAAAUGUAUGGAUGUGUGAACAAACAGGAAAGUAUGACCUUUCUGCGUGCAACUGUCUUCAAGAUUUAUGCAUAGUUGGAUCUGAAGUAACAGAUAUAGUUGUCAACACUAAGUGUUUAGUUUCAUUAGACUUAACCAAUGUUUCGGAAAGGGUUCAAUACAGUAUGCUGCAGUCACUUCAGCGUGAAUCGGUGAAUUUCAAAGAAUUUCGUAUAGAAAUCAUAACAAAUAUGAAUUUAUUCUAUCAGACUCUUCCUCGGCUAAAACAUUUGGAAAAACUGAACAUAAUCAUUGCAGACCUCAGUGAUAAAGCAUUUCCUCUCCUCCCAGCCUCUCUCACUGAUGUUUAUCUUUAUCAGGUGAAAAUGACGGCGCCGUCGUUGAUAAAUCUAAUUGAGAGGCUGGAAAAAAAACAAUCAUAGUGUGAAGUGUUCACUAUGGGAUUGCAAUGUGCAACCAAACAAUAAAUAUGAAGUUAUCAUGUGUUGUAUUCGGUUAAACGCCAAGUUUGAUUCUGAUAUCAAGGGCAGAGAAUUCUUCUCCUUUCAGUUAAUUAGUAGGAAACAAAAGUAAAUGUUUAAAUUGUGUAUAAUGAACAUGUUUCAAAGUACGAUAGCGGCAAUUCGUAAUCAUUUUACCAUGUACAAUACUUUCCUGAUUGUGCGUAUUUGUGCUUUUUAAACUUAUUUUGAUUUCAGGAAAAAAAGCAAACGCACAAUUUGUAAAGUUUUGUGAAUUAUAUUGUAACUAUAAUUGAUAUCACUAUAGCAAUACAAUAUCCAAAUAUGCAAUGUAAACCAGCAAUGCAGGUAACAUAUGGAAACCGUUAUGUUUAAACAGAAACAAAAAAAGUAUUGUUUUAAUGAAAAAAUAAACUGGCUGGCUAGCAUAAGUAUUACUAUCAUUCUAUUUUCCGUGUUGUUGCAUUUGAUAGUAAUAUGUCUAAGAAAUAAAUAAUUUGAGGUUAUAAUAAAUCAUUUUUCAGUGUU